AUGGUCAGCGUGACAAUCUUCGUGCCUCCGGACAGCACCGUGGCGGACGCGAGAGAGAUCACGAAGUGGUUGACGACCGAGGACAAACGUGCGGCCAAGAACGUGAACCGAGCUCCUGGCCCGAAGCUGGUGAAGCUGUCCUUGACCCCUGACGAUUACGGAAAUCAAGUGCAAGGGAGGGACCGUGCGGGACGAGCAACGGCUGAGAUCUGUUGA